AUUAUAAGUACAGUAUCUCACAAAAUGACAGCAAAACAAGUCAUAGAUGUGAUAAUACUUGUGUUUUUAGUGCUAAUAGUGAUAUACAAUGUCAUACCAUUAGUGAUAUAUUUUCUGAAAAAGUGUUUCAGUGGUUGGACUAUUCAAAGAGCCAAACAGUUAGAACCAAAGUUAUUGACGAGUCCAUGGAUUAGGACUACCAAAUCAAAGAGAAAAAUAAGUUUGAUUGACAAGUGCUCUACUGUCUCACAAUUGUUUGACAAAACAACUGUUGUGUAUAAAGACAAACAUAGCUUUGGUUGUCGUCAGGUAUUACAAGUAGAUGAAGAAAAACAAGAAGACGGUCGCAUCUUUAAGAAGUUAGUCUUAGAUGACUACAAGUGGUUCACGUGUCAGGAAAUCAGUGAAAAAGUAGAUUUUACUUCCAAAGGUUUUCUAGCCAUUGGAAUAAAGCCUAAGGAUGUGGUUAUGAUAUUUGCCGACACAAGACUUGAGUGGAUGAUUGCAAGUCAAUCACUAUUCAAAAUUGGUUCAACUGUUGCCACACUUUAUGCCACAUUAGGUGAAGACGGCAUCAUAUAUGGCAUCAAUGAAGCAAAGGUCACACAUUUGGUCACAAGUUUUGAUCUUUUAUAUAAAUUGAAAGGUCUUCACAAUAAACUCAAAGAUCUUAAAGUUAUUAUUUAUAUGAACACUAAUAAAGAAUCCAAAAUUGAAGAAUUGUUUACUAAAGAAGAACAACAGAAGAUUAGCUUUUAUUCUUUGAAUCAAAUCGAAGAAAUGGGAAAAUCAAAUCAGCAAUUAAAAGGUGAAGAUCCCAGAGCUGAGGACACAGCUAUCUUAAUGUAUACGUCCGGUUCAACCGGAGUACCAAAAGGUGUUGAAAUUUCUCAUAAAAAUCUUUUGUCGGCUAUAAAAGCUUUCAAUACAUUGUCAGAUGCACUGACAGACAGUGAUGUCUACUGUGCUGUCUUACCAAUGGCUCAUAUUCUUGAAAUGAGUGCUCAACUCUUCUUUAUAUCAAAUGGUUUGAGUGUCGGAUAUGCGAGUGUUAAUACUCUAACCGAUAGGUCGCCUGGUCUUAAAAGAGGCAUAAAAGGAGACUUAACAUUACUUAAACCAACAAUUAUGACAUCAGUUCCACUCAUAUUAGACAGAAUGCGAAAGAUAAUCGAAGAGAUUGUAACCAAAAACAUCUUUAAGAGAGUUUUUUUUAACUUUUUCUAUUAUCAAAGACACUUCUGGAGUGGUUAUGAUAUCAAUACUCCAAUCAUCAGUUUUAUAUUUUGUCGAAAGUUUAAAGCAAUUCUUGGAGGAAAAGUAAGAAUUAUAGCUUGCGGUGGGGCCCCACUCACACAACAAACACAACUAUUUGUUCGUAACUGUUUUCAUGUCAUACUAUUACAGGGUUAUGGAUUGACUGAAACAUCUGCUUCGGCAACACUUAUGGAUUUGGAUGAUCUCAGCGUUGGUUUUGUUGGGCCACCUCUGGAAGGAAUUCAAAUAAAACUCAUUGAUUGGGAAGAAGGCAGCUAUAGAGUGACUGACAAACCAAACCCAAGAGGAGAGGUUUUGAUUGGUGGAGAAACUGUUACUAAAGGCUAUUAUAAUAAUAAGAAAUUGACUGAUGAGUCCUUCAAACACGACAAUGGAGUCAAUUGGUUCAUUACCGGAGAUAUCGGCGAAAUAUAUCCAAACGGAUCCCUAAAGAUUAUUGAUCGCAAAAAAGAUAUCAUAAAGUUAGCCACAGGAGAGUAUGUCUCUCUCGCUAAGAUUGAAUGUGCACUCAAAAAGUGUCCGAUUGUCGACAAUAUCUGUAUUUAUGGCGAUUCGGGUCAAGAUUUUUUGAUUGCACUCAUUGUUCCCAAUAAAGUAGAGUUGAAAUCGUUGGCUACAAAACUGACAAAAAGUCAAUUAAAAUUCAAUGAUUUGUGCGACGAUUUAGAUGUAAAUAAUGAAGUGUUAAAACGAUUUCAACAAAUGGGAAAAAUGGCAAAACUUUUGAAGAUUGAAAUACCUAACAAAGUGAAGAUCUGUGCCGAGGAAUGGCUGCCAGAAAACAAUUUGGUGACCACUGCUCUCAAAUUAAGACGAAAAAAUAUUCAACAGUUUUACCAAAAAGAUAUCAACAAAAUGUAUUCAAUGAAUACUAAAAACUAA